AUGUCUGGCCUCAACCCCGGUGACAGCUUCCCCGCUGACGUUACCUUCUCCUACAUCCCCUGGUCCGAGGAGAAGGGCGAGAUCACUGCUUGCGGUAUCCCCAUCAACUACUACGCCUCCAAGGAGUGGGCCGACAAGAAGGUCAUCCUCUUCGCCCUCCCCGGUGCUUUCACCCCCGUCUGCUCUGCUCGCCACGUCCCCGAGUACCUUGAGAAGCUCCCCGAGAUCCGCGCCAAGGGUGUCGAUGUUGUUGCCGUCCUUGCCUACAACGAUGCCUACGUCAUGAGCGCCUGGGGCAAGGCCAACCAGGUCACCAACGAUGACAUUCUCUUCCUGUCUGACCCCGAGGCCAAGUUCUCUAAGAGCAUCGGCUGGGCCGACGAGGAGGGCCGCACUGGUCGCUACGCCAUCAUCAUCGACCACGGCAAGGUCACCUACGCCAAGCGUGAGCCCGCUAAGAACCACCUCGAGUUCUCGAGCGCCGAGACCGUCCUCAAGCACCUGUAA